CAGUUACAACUUCUUCUCCUCAAACGAUGGCUGACCAACCGAUGCCUUUUAUACAGAUGCGAUUUUCGUUGUCAGACAAGUACAGUGAUGUUGUUAAGUCGGAAAAGUCAUUCAUAUAUUUGAUCAGACGAGGGUUGUCUAAUCAAACCGGGUAUUCAGAGGAAAGUUUUAGAAAUAUACAAGUAGAAAAAGAACCAUUCCGAGUGUCUUUUGAACUUCAUGCUAUUGACGGAGAUAGGACAACAUUGAAUGAAAUGUUGAAGAAGAUAGAAACAUUAAAUAGAUUUGGCAUUCUGAACAUUGACAACGAAGAUGGUGAACCAUUAGCAAUAACCGCAGGAAGCCUACAAUAUCAUAUGAUAUAUGUAGAAAAUAAAGGAACAAGAGUUGACAGUCCGUUUUUCAUGACAGCUGCAAUCAUCAUAAUGGCGAUUACAUAUAUGUGAGACAGAAGCCCGGGACGAUCGGAAAGAUGACUGUUUGUGUAACAAUGCAAAUAUAGGUCUAGAUAUUGUACCAUAAACUCCUAAAAUGUGCUUUGGCACAAAGACUAAAGACAUAAAUAUAUCUACAACAUCAUUUCAUUUUGUUGUUAUUCAAAUGUAUUUACAAGGUUUUAUGUAGAGCAUAUAUGGUAUCACAUAAGACAUUAAGAAGGUUUCAUCUUUUCUAAAUGUACUCAUGUUAUUAGCUAGAAAGGUUGAUGAAAAAUUACCCGUCAUCAUGCUGUAUUUUUUUGCUCUUUUCUCAUAAGAAACCUUGUGUUUUAUUGUAAGAAAGUACUUUUUCAGUUUUGGAAGAACGUGUCAUUGUUUUGCACAAAUUACACUGAUAAUCAUGCCCACGCAUAAGGGAUGUUACAUUUUUGCAAAAGUUGUAAGCAAGAUGCAGAUAUUAGCUCACCUGAGCAGGUGUAUAAAGUAUACAUACCCCUGUGUGGGACAAAUAGUAACAUUAAUAGUAACA